AUGUCAUGUGUACAUACGGAGGAAACUGGAUUUGUUGUACCUUUCAUUCUCUUUUCUAUGUUUUUUUUUUUUCUUGUGUUUCUCACCAAUCACUUUCACUUUAUUUCUAUUUCCUUUUCAUUUUCAAUUCUAACAUUUUUCACACUAUUGUCUUUUUUCAUUCCCUCUCCUUUUAUUUUCACUCUCUCCCCUUGCCUUCUUUUUUUCACUCUCUCUCCUUGCCUUCUUUUUUUCACUCUCUCUCUCUCCUUGCCUUCUUUUUUUCACUCUCUCUCUCUCCUUGCCUUCUUUUUUCACUCUCUCUCUCUCCUUGCCUUCUUUUUAUUUCUGUCUCUCUCUCCCUUCUUUUUCUCUCUCUCUCUCUCCUUGCCUUCUUUUUUCUCUCUCUCUCCUUGCCUUCUUUUUUCCUCUCUCUCUCCUUGCCUUCUUUUCUCCUCUCUCUCUCUCUUUUGCCUUCUCUUUUUGCCUUCUCUCUCCUUGCCUCUUUUUUUCUCUCUCUCUCCUUGCCUUCUUUUUUCACUCUCUCUCUCCUUGCCUUCUUUUUUCACUCUCUCUCUCCUUGCCUUCUUUUUUCACUCUCUCUCUCCUUGCCUUCUUUUUUUUCUCUCUCUCCUUGCCUUCUUUUUUCCUCUCUCCUUGCCUUCUUUUUUCUCUCUCUCCUUCUUUUUGCCUUCUUUUUUCUCUCUCUCUCCUUGCCUUCUUUUUUCUCUCUCUCUCCUUGCCUUCUUCUUUUCUCUCUCUCUCUCCUUGCCUUCUUUUUUUCCUCUCUCUGCCUCUUUUUCACUCUCCUUGCCUUCUUUUUCCUCUCUCCUUGUCUUCUUUUUCUCUCUCCUUGUCUUCUUUUUUCCUCUCUCCUUGCCUUCUUUUUUCACUCUUUCCUUGCCUUUUUCUCUCUCUCUCUCUCUCCUUGCCUUCUUUUUUUCUCUCUCUCUCUCCUUGCCUUCUUUUUUCUCUCUCUCUCUCCUUGCCUUCUUUUCUCUCUCUCUCUCUCUCCUUGCCUUCUUUUUUCACUCUCUCUCUCUCUCUCCCUUGCCUUCUUUUCCUUCUCUCUCUCUCUCUCUCUCCUUGCCUUCUUUCACUCUCUCUCUCUCCUUGCCUUCUUUCUCUCUCUCUCUUCCUUUUUUUUCUCUCUCUCUCUCCUUGCCUUCUUUUUUUCUCUCUCUCUCUCUCCUUGCCUUUUUUUCUCUCUCUCUCUCUCUCUCUCUCCUUGCCUUCUUUUUUCACUCUCUCUCCUUGACUUCUUUUUUCACUCUCUCUCUCUCUUUCCUUGCCCUCUCUCUCUCUAUCUAUCUAUCCUUGCCUUCUUUUUUCACUCUCUCUCUCUCUUUCCUUGCCUUCCUCUCUCUCUUUCUCUUGCCUUCUUUUUCUCUCUCUUUCCUUGCCUUCUUUUUUCACUCUCUCUCUUUCCUUGCCUUCUUUUUUUCACUCUCUCUCUUUCCUUGCCUUCUUUUUUCACUCUCUCUCUAUUUGCCUUCUUUUUUCACUUACUGCUCUUUUUCUUAUUCCCCCUCACACCCUCGUCCUCUUCCUACACUCUUGCUUCUUUCUUUUUUCCCCUCCAUUAUUAUUUUUCUCUUUUACUACAAACUUUUUCCCCCAUCCUAUUUAGCUAGUAUUAUUAUUUGUAUUUCUCUUUAA